UCACAGAAUAACAAGAGAAGAAAAACCCUACUGAAAUGACGAGUUCAGUAGUGUAUGUUUCCUAAUUUUCAGCAUCUGUGGAAAAGUUGUUGCUGAAGCACCCUACGAAAGAGAGUUACUGAGUUGAUGGAGACACCCGCUAGCAAUGGAAGUCACUCCGAGGGCCUGGUGUCGUAUCUCACACAGGAGAGAGGACCUGUCCCACAGUGUGCCAGUGAGAAGCACCUCAGCAGGCUCAAGCAAGACAUCUUGACUAAGAAGACGGAGUUGGAGGCAACACUUAAGGAAGCUGAGUCUGCGUCCUGCUCAGUAGAAUUACUUUUGCCAUUAUUUAAGAGCACAGUGGAAGGCAUUAGUUUAGAAAAUGCUAAUCUUUCUGCUAUCAAUUUGAAGAAGAUUUUUGAACAGAAAGAAAUAUUAUCAAAAGAACUCGACGCCUUUAACCGUGUGAAAUUAGCCUUAGAACAUCUUAAGCAGACAGACUACGAACAAACAGGAGACAACUUACCCAGCUUGUGGAAGGACCUCAGCCACAGUGAAAGUGAGAACAGUAGCCUUAAGAAGAAGGCACUUGUAACGGAGACCUAUAUCCAGGAACUUUCAUGCCUGUUUCAAGAUGAAAAGGAAAGAACUUUGAAAGCAAACCGGUUUUCUCAGUCAGUCAAAAUAGUACAUGAUCGUCUACAGCUCCAAAUUCAGAAAAGAGAAGCUGAGAAUGAUAAAUUAAAAGAACAUGUACAGAGUUUAGAAACACAAAUAGCCAAGUGGAACCUUCAGGUGAAAAUGAAUAAGCAGGAGGCUGUGGCCAUCAAAGAAGCAAGUAGGCAGAAAGCCGUGGCUCUGAAAAAAGCAUCGAAAGUUUACAGACAAAGGCUGAAACACUUUACAGGGAACAUCGAACACUUCCAUUCCCAAAUUAGAGAGCAGGAAGCCAAGUUGUCUGAAACAGUUUCAGCUUCCGAUGCCUGGAAGAGUCGUUAUGAGAAAAUCGUAAUAGAAAAAAUGGAGCUGGAAGUUCAGAUCGAAACAAUGAAAAAGCAAAUCGCUCAUCUUUUAGAAGACUUGAAGAAAAUGGAAACUCAUGGAAAAAAUUCUUGUGAAGAAAUUCUUAGAAAACUUCACUCACUUGAAGAUGAAAAUGAAGUCCUAAAUAUUGAGAAUGUGAAAUUAAAGAGUACACUUGAUGCCUUGAAGGAUGAAGUUGCUUCUAUGGAAAGUGAACUUGAAGAACUGCAAGAAGUAGAGAAACGGCAGAAAGCCCUCAUCGAAGGAUAUAGAACUCAGGUACAAAAGUUGCAAGAAGCCGCUGAAGUGGUAAAAAGCAGAUGUAAAAAUUUGCUACAUGAAAAUAACCUAAUAAUAAAAAACAAAAACAAAAAGUUAGCGAAGAUGAGAGGCCAGGUGGAGUCUCAUUUGAAGCAGGUAGAGCGAGCCCGCAUCUCCUUCACGUCAGCCGACCAGAGACUUCACGAGUGUCAGGAGAAUCUGCAGCGCUGCAAGGAGAAGUGUGCCAAGCAGGCACACACCAUUAGGGAGCUUCAGGGCCAGGUUGAUGGAAACAAUAGCUUUCUAACUAAGCUUUCUCUCGAGGUGGAAAAUGAUCUCAUUCAGUUAAAGUGUGAAAACCUUAAAGAGAAAUUAGAGCAGAUGGAUGCAGAGAACAAAGAGCUGGAGAAGAAGCUGGCUGCCCGGGAGGAGUACCUGCAGCGCAGCGAGCUGGAGCUGAAAGAGAAGGCUGCAGAGCACACGGCACUGUCCAGGCAACUGGAAGCUGCUUUGGAAGAAGGAAGACAAAAGGUUUCUGAAGAAGUAGAGAAGAUGUCAUCUAGAGAGAGAGCUUUACAAAACAAAAUAUUAGAUCUGGAAACUGAGCUUAGAAAGAAAAAUGAAGAACAAAACCAACUUGUGGGCAGAAUGAACAGUAAAGCCCAGCAUCAGGAUUUAUGUUUGAAAGAAAUACAGCACAGCCUUGAGAAGUCGGAGAAUCAAAAUGAGAGCAUUAAGAAUUACUUGCAGUUUCUUCAAAUUUCCUAUGCAACGAUGUUUAGAUAAAUUGUUGAAUUCCACUGAUUGUUAUUCUUACGAUUUAUAGGUCACUAGUACUAGAAUUUAUAUGUGAAGAUAUUUCAAAUGUAAUUUAUUAUCUAAUUGAAACUUUAGAAAAUGAUAGUUCUUAGUAUUCUGCUUCAUUC